GCAGCAAAUGUUUAAUUUUUGUUUUAAGUUAGUAACUUUUCUUCCCUGAAUUGCUGUGAUAGGACUUUAUUUUUUGUGAAGAAAAAGACCUAUAAUAAGAAGUGUUUAUUUUUUUUGUAAUUCUGCAUUGCUUGUUGGAUUGAAGAUGCUACCCCCAUUUCUUUAGUUGACUGAAUACUGAGGCCCUCUUUUUGAGAAGUCUGUUCUGGAUUACGUGUGCUUAGUUCUGUAGCUGUUUGAAGGGUGUGUGAUUAUGAGUUUCUUCAUUCAUGGAGCGUUCUUUUCCCGUGAUACCAGAUGUCGCAUAAACAUCUGCAGAAAUAAAGGUGUUUGUCACAUAGAGGAUGGUAUCCCGACUUGCUACUGUCAACAUGGUUAUACUGGAACCACAUGCCAAGGCUUGGAUGCAAAGGUGUACUGUGAAGAGAGUCACAUUGAUGUACUUGUUUCAAAGGGCUUCUUUGUUUGGCGAAAUAUCACACCAGCCUCUGUACACCUGAAGGACCCUUCUUGUUCAGCUGAUCUUCAGCCAGUUAUCCAAGGCCAUGAUGAACAAUAUUACAGGACUCGCCUCUACCACUUGGGGAACAGGAGCUGUGGAACAGAAAUCCUGAGGAAUGGAUCCCACAUCAUUUACACCAACGUGCUGCAAACUGGUGUCUUUGGCGAUAGUGUGAUUACAAGGUUGCCAAAUGUUCAAGUGAAUUUCUCCUGUGCGUACAUUUAUGAGCACCUAGUACAUCUGCCUCUUUCAGUUGGCUCGCUGGUAGAAUUUGUGCUUGCAGAGGGAGACUUCACUGUAAAAAUGACCAUUCACAUGCAGAGCGACUUCGCAGAUGAAGUGACCAGUACUUCACCUUUGCAGCCAUCAGAUACAGUGUAUGUCGUGAUGAAGCUGCAAGGAAAGAAGCGGAUAAAAUUUUUCGUGCUGAGUUUGAUUGCUUGCUGGGCUACUCCAAAUCAGAAUCCAAGCCAUAGUGUUAAGUAUGAACUAAUAUCAGAUGGGUGUCCAAAGGAUGAUACUGUAAAAUAUUUAAAUCAAAUGGGGAAUGAUUCAGUGGCAGUGUUUAACAUGUCCAUGUUCCGGUUUGUGGAGUUCAAAGAUGUCUACCUCCACUGUCUGGUGCAACUCUGUGCACCAGUUCAGCCGGGCAGCUGCAUUGUGGACUGUAAUGCGUUUCGGAAGAAGCGAUCUGUGCCCAGAAAGAAAGAAUAUGAAGCCAUACUAAGUUACGGACCCAUUAUGCUGAAAACCCAGAAGAUGUCUGAGCAUCUACAAAAAUCAGAGCUGCCCAUUGUAAUGGUCGUUACAAUCCUGUUGUUUGGAAUGGAUGCUUCCCUACUUAUAAUGUUUGCAGCUAAAGCCCUAGGAAAGUCCUUGUGCAGGAGACAGAGGUCAAAGAGCUACUGUUCAGAAAGUCCUUCUGUCAUCAUGGGCCAGAGUGCAGACUGCUGUCUUUCAAAUACUUAAUCUGUUUUGCAAGUGCACCAAUAAAAAGUAACAGCAUUGAAAAUUA